UGCUGGCGUUUUGGGCCCUGGGCGCUGGGACAUCUUUCGGAAGCCUUCUCUCCAGCGGGCCGUGCAGGGGCCGCCCUCUUUGUCUGUGUUCCUGCAGCCGGUCUCCGGCCCCAGGCAACUCCAUGGUGGGUGAAGAGAAGAUGGCUUUAAGAAACCGAGUGACAAAGUCCAGUGAAAUCCCUGAGAAAGAUGAAGACCAGAGAAACCUUACGAAGGAAUCCCUGGAGACACACAGAAAUGGUCAACUUGACAUAAAACAGCUGAUAGCAAAGAAGAGACAGUUGGCAGCAGAGGCAGAGGAAUUGAAGCCACUCUUUUUGAAAGAAGUUGGCAGUCACUUUGAUGAUUUUGUGACCAACCUCAUUGAAAAAUCUGCAUCAUUAGACAAUGGUGGGUGUGCCCUCACCACUUUUUCCAUCCUUGAUGAAAUGAAAAACAACCAUCGGGCUAAGGAUCUGAGAGCACCUCCAGAACAAGGAAAGAUUUUCAUUGCAAGACGAUCUCUCUUAGAUGAACUGUUUGAAGUGGACCAUAUCAGAACAAUUUAUCACAUGUUUAUUGCGCUCCUCCUCAUCUUUAUCCUCAGUACUUCUGUAGUAGAUUACAUUGAUGAAGGAAGGUUGGUGCCUGAGUUCAACCUCAUGUCUUAUGCUUUUGGCAAAUUUUCUACUGUUAUUUGGACAUGGUGCCUCAUGUUCCUCUCCACACUUUCAAUUCCCUAUUUCCUCUUUCAACAUUGGGCCAAAGGCUACAGCAAGAGUUCUCAUCGGUUCAUCAGUACUUUUAUCCAUGGCUUGUUUUUCAUAGUCUUCCAGCUGGGAAUUCUAGGUUUUGGACCAACAUAUAUCACAUUAACAUAUUCAUUGCCACCAGCUUCCCGGUUCAUUGUUAUACUUGAGCAGAUUCGAAUGGUAAUGAAGGCCCACUCAUUUGUCAGAGAGAAUGUACCACGAGUACUAAAUGCAGCCAAAGAAAAGUCAAGUACAGUUCCAAUACCCACAGUCAACCAGUACUUGUAUUUCUUGUUUGCGCCCACCCUCAUCUACCGUGACAGCUAUCCCAGAACUCCCACUGUAAGAUGGCGUUAUGUUGUUAUGCAAUUCACACAGGUCUUUGGUUGCCUAUUUUAUGUGUACUACAUCUUUGAAAGGCUCUGUGCCCCUUUGUUCCGGAACAUCAAACAGGAGCCCUUCAGCGCUCGUGUUCUGGUCCUGUGUGUGUUUAACUCCAUCUUGCCAGGUGUGCUGAUACUAUUCCUUACUUUCUUUGCCUUUUUGCACUGCUGGCUCAAUGCCUUUGCUGAGAUGUUACGCUUUGGUGACAGGAUGUUUUAUAAGUUUUUCACAAAGAGAUUCAAAUCUGCGGCCAUGUUAGCGGUCUUCGCUAUGUCAGCUGUAGUGCAUGAGUAUGCCCUGGCUGUUUGCUUGAGCUAUUUCUAUCCCGUGCUCUUUGUGCUCUUCAUGUCCUUUGGAAUGGCUUUCAACUUCAUCGUCAAUGAUGGUCGGAAAAGGCCGAUUUGGAACAUUAUGAUGUGGACCUCUCUUUUCUUGGGCCAUGGAGUCGUUCUAUGCUUUUAUUCCCAAGAAUGGUAUGCACGUCAGCACUGUCCUCUGAAAAAUCCUACGUUUCUGGAUUACAUCCGGCCCCGUUCUUGGACUUGUCGCUAUGUGUUUUAGAAGCUGGGACUUCAUUUCUUUCCUUGCCACAGAAGAUUGACUAUCCUGCCUGAUUUGGAGCCAGCUGUUCCUGAAGUUAUCUGUGCUAUUUGGACUGCUCCAGCCUUUCCAGAUGGCCUACCACCUCCCUACUUCACCUGAGCCUGUGCUGUGGGAAGUUCACAUAACAGGCAUUUUUCCCCCUUUUUGAGAAGGGAAACUGAUGGCUGAGGUAAUGGCAAGCUUUUGCUGGGUCAUCUCAGCUCAAGCCUUGAUAACUGUUUUGUUUUGUUUCUUCACUAUUUAAUCAAGGGACUAAACAUCAUGUUUUUCUGGCACUGAAAAUUGGCCAAAAUGUGAAGAACUCAUUUACAUACCUCUGGUUUCAUAUCGUAACAUACCAUACUGUUGGAAGGUAUGCUAAUCUAACAUCAAUUGUAGAAGAAAGCAAAUUAAAAUGGAACCAUUUUUUCUGUUUCUAUUAGAAAAAAAUAUAUCUCUUUUCCAAAGAUAGUCUCAUUUUACAUUCUAUUUCAUUUAUUUGUUGGAACUGUUUUGUUUUCUGGUUGUGCUAGAGAUCAAACCGAAGGUCCCACACAUUCUCAGCAGUGCUCUACCACGGAUACACCUUCAUCCCAUGCACAUCUUGAGGGAUUCUGCAGUCAGAAGGGAAAAAAGAGGGAAGUAGCACAAGACAAGCAAAAGCAUUUCCUCAUGUGCUUAAAUUAUAUUAUGGAACUCACAUGGGAGAUAUUUUCUUAGGGUUAUAAUUUCUUGGAAGUUAUUUAGAAGUAUUCUUUGAUACAACUGUUAUUCUCUGCUAAAUAUUGACUGAUUUUUGCAGACUAGACAGUCUGUAAGUAUUAAUCACCUGCAUUAAUAAAGUGAUCAUUAAACAUCCAGAA